UUACAAGAUUUGUUAUCAUGAAAUGAAAAGAGAGUAUGGGUGUUAUUGUUGCUUGAAGGAGGAUUGCAAUUACAUUAUUCAUGUGAAUUGUGCUGUUGAGGAUAAGGAUUUGUACUACAUGGUUGAUUCAGAAAAUCAAGAUGAGCCCAUCGAAAAUUUUAUAGAAUCCUCUAUCACUUGUGUCAUUGAGGUAAACGAAUGUGGAGAAGCAACAAAGAUAAAACAGUUCAGCCAUGAACAUUGCUUAAGUUUAGAAGACACGAACAGGGAUGAUGAUGACAAACAUUGUGAUGGAUGCACAUUAUCCGUCUUGGAUUCAUUUUACUCUUGUUUGCAAUGCAACUUCGUUCUCCAUAAAUCUUGUGCCGAAGUACCAAUGAAAAAGCAUCAUUGGUUUGAUCCCUGCAAAACCUUAAAUCAAAUUGCAUUUUCGAAUGUAAUGGUUGUCUUCAACUCUGCGGUGGUUUCAUCUACAAUUGUGAUGAAUGUGAUCUCUCAUUUUGCCUCAAAUGUGCUACAAUUUCGGAUACCCUCUCAUAUCCAGGUCAUGAACAUCCCCUCUUUUAAGAUCGCAAAUAUAAAGGGAAAUGCACUGCUUGUGGUAUUGAGGUUUAUCAUGCAUACAGAUAUAUGUAAGGAUUGCAAUUCUGCUUUGCAUUUUGAAUGCAUUACACUUCCACAUGUAGCGCGACAUAAGUGUGAUAAACGCUUUAUAGAACUUAGUUAUCAUGAUGGAAACGAUGAUCCAGAACAACAUUAUUGUGAUAUUUGUGAAGAAAGAAGAGAUCCAAAUAAUUAGUUUUAUCUUUGCUCCAUUUGUGAUAAUUCUGUUCAUCUCAAAAGUGUUCCUGGAGGAUAACCAUUUAUUAAG